AUGGAGUCCAGGACGCUGCUACAUGCAAGUCUAACUUUGUUAAUCCUCUUUACCAGCGGCAUCGGAGGACACAUCAAAAAUGGCUCUCAUCUGAAAAUGGAUCAGGCUUUGCUCAUAUUUCAUAACCAGCUGACUGAAGAAGUGCAUGCUUCCUACACAUCAGAUUACUGCUACAAGUGUUUGUACCAACAUUUGGUCACAGUGAAACCCAACAACAAUAAUGCAUCUGCAAUAAUCAGCACCAAAUUUACUCUGACAGUACAAGUGGAAUCACAAACCAGGAAUGCAACCUUUUGCAGAUGGAGUCAAACGUAUGAGGAGGGUGGUCACUACUCUAUUUGGAUUUACACCCUAGAUGCAAAUAAUCGCAGCUGCACUCACAUUGUGGAUAAAAGACCAAACAAUGCCUAUCUGCCUAUUUUGGUGGCAGCACUCCUGCUGGCUGUAAUCGCUCUGUUAUUCGUUGUGAUACCCUACAUCUGCAGGAGGCGUUGUACAUCAAAAUUUAUAAAGACUAUUUGCUGCCAAGGCCCACAGCAUUCAGAAGAGAAUGAAGAAUCACAUGCUAGUGAAACUGCGCACGGUGCUGUUAAAGCUAAACCAACACGUCUGCUCUCCCUGGAUACUUUCCGAGGGUUUGCCCUGACUGUGAUGGUGUUUGUGAACUAUGGUGGUGGAGGCUACUGGUUCUUUCAGCACGCACCUUGGAACGGUCUAACUGUGGCGGAUCUUGUCAUGCCAUGGUUUGUGUUUGUAAUUGGGACCUCAGUGGUUUUGGCUUUCAGUUCCAUGCAGAGGAGAGGAGUUAGCCGCCUGCAGCUGCUACGAAAAAUCACCUGGAGAACAGUCGUCCUCUUGCUGCUCGGCUUCUGCUUUCUCAACUACUCUCCCAAAGACGGACCACUGUCCUGGUCCUGGCUGAGGAUCCCAGGAGUGCUGCAGCGUCUGGGCUUCACCUACUUUGUUCUGUCUCUCCUGCAGACUUUCUGGGGCCAGAAAGAAAUCCCACUGACUGCGUAUAACUGGUGGAACCCGGUCCAGGAUAUUCUCCUUUACUGGCCACAGUGGCUGAUCAUCAUCCUGCUGGAGACUUUGUGGCUGUGCUUAACUUUCCUCAUGCCUGUUCCCAACUGCCCCACAGGGUAUUUAGGAGCCGGUGGAAUUGGCGAUAACGGGCUUUACCCAAACUGCACGGGAGGUGCAGCGGGAUACAUCGAUAGGUGGAUGUUUGGUGAUAACAUGUACAGAUACCCCACGUGCAAAGAAAUGUAUCGCACCACACAGCCCUUUGACCCAGAGGGGCUUCUGGGUACCAUCAACUCCAUUGUCAUUGGAUUUCUAGGGAUGCAGGCGGGCAAAAUUAUAAUUUUCUACAAAAAGAUGAAUAUCCACAUCCUGUGCCGAUUCCUAGUGUGGACCGUCAUCCUGGGAAUCUCCGCAGCCAUCCUUUCUAAGUGCACGCGAGACGGAGGAUUUAUACCUGUCAAUAAAAACCUUUGGUCACUGUCCUAUAUCAUGUGUAUGGGCUGUUUGUCUUUCCUGCUGCUGGGAAGCAUGUUCUUUGUCAUCGAUAUCAAGGGCUGGUGGGGUGGACAGCCAUUCAUAUACCCAGGGAUGAACUCCAUCUUUGUGUAUGUUGGCCACUCUCUCCUGGGCUUCUACUUCCCUUUCAGCUGGGAAAUGCGCUUCCAGCAGAGCCACUGGGAGUGGCUCUUUCAAAGCCUGUGGGGGACUGCACUGUGGCUGCUCAUCGCCUACCUGCUCUACAGGAAGAAAUUCUUCCUCAAAAUAUAA